UACAGCUCAAUGUCACUUCAGACAUACAUUGAGACUGCACCAACCUCUUCCCUUUUUUUACUUUAAUCGUUCACAAUUCUUUAGAGAGGUUUUUACGGAGGUCUUUAAGAUGUUCUCGCUGCUUCUCCUUGUUUCCCUGUGCUCCGGCCGGGGUGUGUUGGCUUCAGCACCGGCUCCGGCCGCCGUGGAGGCGGUGGAGGCGGCGUACCUGGCGGUGGUCGGCGUCGUGUCUCCGGGGCAGACGCAUCUGACCGGGGACUCCCUGCGCUCCCUCUUUAAUACACUCGGGAACCGUGUGCAGUGUGGCGGAGAAGUGCCGUGUGGAAAGUGCGAUCUGGCAGGUGCUGUUCAUCAGCUCAUCGGAAAUCACUCGGACCAUGGGUUGGAAGAAAGCGUGAAAAUCGGAGACAACGUAACCGUCAGCGUGUCUCAGUUCUCUCCUCUUGCCUCCGGGAGCGUCCUGUACCUUUCUUCUCCUGGCCCAGUCUGUGUUGCCUUAAGCCAGGGAAAGUGGGCAGAAGAGACCGAACAUUUCCUACACAAAUUCACACAUCACGACCACGUUAGAGAGUCGCACGAUGACCACGGACACAACCACAUGGACGUGCAUGGGUUGGAGAGUGUGCUUCGAGAACUGCACCACCAUUAUAAGCCCUCAGACAAUCAGAGCUGUGUUACAGCGAGCAGCAUCAUGAAAGAGGUUGAUCCGACUUCAGCAGACCAGAUACAGGAAGUGGGAGCAGUGUUGGGCCGGGUCCUGUACCACGCUCUGCUGGGUCACUGCUUCAGUCCGGCCCUGCCGGAGAAGAGCUUCUUCCUCGACUACAUCAUGCACCAUCUGGGCUCAGAAAAUGUCACUGUUAAAGAACUGGAGGUUCUCAUGAGCAGCUUGAAGAUUGGACCAGCACACGAUCACGAUGACGGACAUGGUCAUGAACACGGACACAGCCAUGAAGAAGAUGGACAUGAUGGACAUGAUGACAGAAGACUGAGACGGAGGAAGAGGAGCAUCCAUGAACGUCAUGAGGGACAUGAGAGCAACAACACCUGGGAGCAUCACUGUUUCUCUGCUGACGAGCUGGUCCUUAUAUACGGUGUGAGUGACAGCAGCAACUCCACUCUGGGCCGGUCUGAACUGGGUCAGCUCAGUCCUGCACUGGUGCAGCAGAUCCUGAGUGGGGCCUGUGCAGAAACCCCAGAGGAAGUAGCACAGGACGGACUCACCAGGACUGAGAGAUACCUUUAUGCCACCCUGGCCAACGUGGUAAUAACCCUGGCAGCCAUGUUCGGCAUCGUGGUGCUGCUCUGCACCUCGUGCACUCAGGUCUUCCAGAUGAGUAUCCAGUUUUGCGUGAGCAUGGCAGUCGGUUCACUGACCGGAGACGCGUUACUGCACCUGCUACCCAUGUUUCUGGGUUUGCAUGUGCACGUACCUGGCAGCAGCCACAGUCACGAUCACGACGAAGGACUUCCUGAUUACUUAUUAAAGAUGCUGGCAACUAUCGGUGGGAUCUACUUCUUUUACCUGAUGGAAGCAAUUUUCUCUCUGAUCACACAUAAAAAUAAGCAUCAUCAUCAUCAGCAUCACCAUGGGGAAGAAUCUGAUCCUCACCACUGUGACCACGGUAGAGUAUUAGAGAUGUAUCAACAGGAAGAGAAACAGAAAAAAAAGAUUAAGUCAUCAUCCAAAGCAGACUUGGUUGACAGUGAUGACAAAGAAAAUACUUUAUCAGAGAUGAAUGCGAGCAAAAGAGAGCUGCGUCUGCUGCCUUAUAUGAUUACCAUUGGCGAUGGGAUUCACAACUUUGCGGACGGAUUAGCGAUAGGUGCAGCUUUCUCCUUGUCGUGGAGGUCUGGGCUUUCCACAUCGCUGGCGGUUCUCUGCCACGAACUGCCACAUGAACUUGGGGAUUUUGCCAUUCUGCUCCACAGCGGCAUGUCUGUUUGCAAAGCAUUGCUUCUCAAUGUUGGCAGUGCCUUGACCUCGUUCAUCGGCCUCUAUAUUGCUCUGUCAGUUGCCACUGACAUUGCAACCCAGCAGUGGAUAGCUGCUGUUGCCGGGGGACUCUUUCUGUACGUGGGACUGGCUGAUAUGCUGCCUACGUUGAUCCAUGUGAACAGCAAGAGGCCGUGGCUGAUGUUUGCUCUGCAGAACCUUGGACUUCUUACUGGGUGGAGUGCUUUGCUGUUGCUGUCAAUUUAUGAAGAACAAAUCAGCUUUUAACAGUUUUCAUCUUACACCGCUGCCUGCCGAGUUGGUUCAUCUUGUUUCUGGGGUAAAGCCUUUGGGCAACAAUCACAGACAUGACUAGGAGUUUGGACAUCUAUUCUGUGGCCAAAAGGAUGAGGCAGGUCCUCCAGACUAAACAUAAAACUUCACUAACAAGUCAAGUAAUGUUUUGGAAAAGAGAUUAAAGUGGACUUUUAAAGUGAUACAAAUACUUUAUAAACUCAGUGCACUCAUGUACAUUUUUGACUGUGUGUAACAGUGAAACCACAACGAGCUGGAGUGUUUUGUAAUAAGUUUUAGAUGUACCAAAGAAUAAUGUGAAUUUGCAAUCUUAUUGUUGUAUUUAAAAUAAUUAUUGUCUGAAUGUUGAGAAAUAAAUGUAAAUAUAAUGCAAAAUUAACAUUUUACCAA